AUGUGCGGCGGCGCCAUCCUCUCGGGUUUCAUCCCGCCGUCCGGGGUGGCGGCGGCGGCCGCCAAGAAGAAACAGCAGCGGCGUGUGACGGCGGACCUGCUGUGGCCGGGGCCCGGCAAGAAGGGAGUGCCCCAGGAGGAGGAGGAGGACUUCGAGGCCGACUUCCGCGAGUUCGAGCGCGGCCUCAGCGAGGAUGACGUGGACGGCGCCGGCGAAGGCUGGGAGGACGAGGUCCAGGAGCUUCCUCCGCCGGAGCCGGCGAGGUUUGCCUUCGCCGCAGCGGCUAAGGCGCCGCGCCCUGCAGUUUGUGAGCACUGA